AUGGGCGCGCGCGUCCGGGCGCUGCUGCUGGCGCAGCUGUUGGUGCGAGCGGGGCUCCGGGGACCUCAGCCGCGUGCCCGUGUGUCCGUCCCAGGGCCCUGCGGCCGCCGAACCGUUUCGACGACGCGCGUGGUGGGCGGCAAGGACUCGGAGCUGGGGCGCUGGCCGUGGCAGGGCAGUCUGCGCUUGUGGGGCGCCCACCACUGCGGCGCCAGCCUGCUCAACCGCUGCUGGGUGCUGUCGGCCGCGCACUGCUUUGAAAAACACAAAGAUCCCUCGAAGUGGACGGCUCAGUUUGGUGAGCUGUCCUCCAGGCCAACUUCCUGGAAACUGUGGACCUUCUACCAUCGGUACAGGGUGAAGGAUAUCGUCGUGUAUCCCCAGUUCAGUGGGACUUCACUCAAGGACAUCGCCCUGCUGAAGCUGUCCUCCUCCGUCACCUACAAUAAGUACAUCCAGCCCAUCUGUGUUGUGGCCUCUUCCUCUGAGUUCCAGAACAAGGCUGACUGCUGGGUGACUGGCUGGGGGCACAUCAAAGAAGGUCAGGGAAGCACAGGUGUGCAUCAUAAACAACUCCAGGUGCGGCGUCCCGGUUUCCUCAGUUACGACCCGGGUGACAUGAUUUGUGCUGGCUCUGAGAAUGGCCAACGUGACGCCUGCAAAGUGAGUACGCCUGCCCCCACCAGGGCCUUGCUGGACCCGGGCACCACCCCUCCCCACCUUGGGCCUGGGAGCAACCCCCCUGGUGCCCACCAACCCACCCGAGUUUAUUCAUGA